AAAUAAUUUAUGGAGGAUAUGCUUUAAUUGCAGUGUAAGGAUAACUGAAUAAAUUCUUAAGCUACACAGAUUUCAAUUCCCCUUUUCUGAUUCUUAAGUUUCUAGUGUACGUGGCCUUGUGCUGCCUGCUGUUUGUGGUGGUUUGUGAGUACCAGGUUCUGAGCGUGAAACUUCAAACCGGCCAGCUAAGAGGCAGUGGAGCAAAAUGUUUUUAACAACAGUAUUGCUGCGGAAGAGAAUUCCUGGAAAACAGUGGAUUGGGAAGUACAGGCAACCAAGACAGGUUACCACUGCAAUGAAGCAAGCAAUGAUCCGAAGGUUGGAAAUUGAAGCAGAGAAUGAAUACUGGCUCAGCCAGCCUUACCUGACACCGGAACAGGAAUACAAACACAAUGCCGAAGAGAGACGUGCGAAGUGGGAAGCUUUCAAAAGCCUGAAACAAGCCAAGUUUCCUGAGCACAGAUACAUCAGCGAUCAUUUAAACCACUUAAAUGUGUCAAAGAAGUGGACAUGUUGAAUAAAUACAGCAUAUUUAUAUUUGGCACCUGUCACGCACUACCCUGGGAUCUGCUCUCAUACCUAUUAUGGUAAUUCACUGUAAUUAGGGUGGGUGACAAAUAAGACUUUGCUGUGGUGUACAAAAUGUUACAUUAAAAGUAGUCCUCUGGAACAGCA